CCGCCUAAUAUUUCAGAAAUCUGCCACCAACAGUGUCCGACCCGUAUCACGAGACGACUCUACAGAGCAACGAGCGAGCGCGGGGUACCUUUCCCGCCCAGUCCGCUGGCGUCGAGAAGAUGGGACGCAAGCAGCAUCCCAUCAUUGCCCAGUACUUCGACCGAGGCGCCAAGCUUGCCGACAAUUCCAACCGCUACGAAUACCGGUGCCGCAACUGCGGCGAGCACUUUCCCAAAGGCCGCCUCGAGACGUUGACCCUGCACAUCACAAAGCGAUGUCCCGCGAUCACCGAGGCCGAGAGGGUCAACGCCUGCCUGGCCCUGCAUGGCAUCAAUAGUGCUGCGCAGGCCAAGGCACAAGCAGCGCGUCUUGGAGAUGCUGCUGCUGCGGCGGCGGCCGCCGCCGCCACUGCUGCCCAGCAAGCCAACUCGAACGCGCCAGCCCACGGCCCUCAGCCUGCGCCCUUUGUCGAGAACCAGAACUGGACGCCGCUCCAGACUCUUGCCGAAGUCUCCCGGCAGAUCGAAGCGAGCGAAAAGCACGACGAGCCGGCCCCGCCGCAGCACGAUGAGCUUGUCGACCUUUCGGUCCCCACGACCGAGCCGCCCACAACCAUGGCAAACUCGACUUCGAACCUGUUUGAACUUCACGACCAGCUGUCGUUAGAGCAUCCUGUAGUGAAUUAUGAGGACAUUGCGAAGCGCGAACCUAUAAGCGCAGACGAGCCACCUCAACACUCUCUCGAUGAUCACCAAGACUUGACGCCCGAAGAGCGAAUCGCGAAGCUUCUCCAGGGUACCGACUCGCCAUCUCAGACAGCACUGUCCGUGGCAGUAGCAGCCACUGCACGCUUGAACCCUUCCCUGCUCGACCCCCAACUCCUAGCCGACGAGCCAAUGACGGAUACGGUCUCGACGCCUGCUCCAAGCACAGAGAUGCUGCUUGACUAUUCUCCAUCAAGCGCACUUUCGAUGCCACCCAGCAGUCUGCCGAUGCCUGCGACGAGUCUCCCGAUGCCAUCCACGCCGAGCUUACCGAUGCCGACGACCCCCACAAUCAGCACUGGGACAAGCGACGCCGACAUGACUUCUCACAGCGGUACUCCAAUAGACGAUUCCGCGCCGUGGAUGGGGAUGACCUACAUGCCUGAUGUGCAUGCUCCCCCGAGCUUGAACAACCAUGCGCAGCAAUUGAUGGGGGCUCUCAAUAAGGGCGGCUUCCGAAUGGACGCUUUUCAUGGACCCAACGGCAUCAGACAUCGGCACAGUCGUGCGAGGUUUGACUCGGAUCGACGUAGAGAAGUGCAGGAAGUCCGUCGGAUUGGAGCAUGCAUCAGAUGUCGAAUCCUGCGGAAAACGUGCUCGAAGGGCACUCCGUGCGAUACCUGCAAGAAGGUCCUGUCGCCUCGGGUUUGGCGCACCGGUUGCGUGCGGACGAAGCUCUCCGAGUACAUUGACUUGUACUCGGCCGGAGUGCAGGUGGUCAUGGCGCAAAAACGAUACAACUCAUACAAAACGUCUCACACUCUUUCAAACACCGGUGUCGUGGUGGAGGCGUCGCAUUUUCCAGAAACGGGGCACAACAUUGUCUUUGAAGUCCUCCGGGGCUGCCCGAAAGAGGCCGAUGUGGCGACUUUGGCCACGCUUGGGAAUGUGGGAUUGAAUCCAGUAGUUCUUCUCGACAACGACAAGGAGGACGUUCCGGCGAAGAUUGAGGCUUACAUGAGGCAGAUACUUCCAGAUCUCAUCAGCAGGGAGCCAUCAUCUUAUGUACGAGUGACGUUGGAGACGGCCGUUCAGGUGGCGAACACGACCAACGAUGAACUGCUGCGACGAUCUCUCGAGCUGUGGGGGAUUGUCGAGAUCAUGGACCGCGAGCGACAGUGGAACAUGCUCGCGAAAUCGCCCGCCGACGAUUUUGAGGACCAUUGGAUCAAGGAUGAGUCUGAGAGCGAGCCGUACACAAACAUCUGCAUGCAGCUCAAUGCCGGGGCGGAGCGUAAAGCAGCAGCUGCCAGUAAAAGCCUACUCAACGGAAUCCAGCGCAAUCUGCAGGAUGGGAAGCUGAAGCUUGGGUUUCCAAUGUUCCUGACAGUUAUGCUGUUCAUGAACUGUGUGGAGAAGACCACCUGGGCUUUCAAGGCCUGGGACCAGGAGAACCUGCGUCCGAAGUGGCCCCUGGAGAAGCAGCCGAGCAGCUUCACCAACCAGGGUCAUGGACUGUGCGAGCUUUUGCGCAUGCUUUUGUCCAUUCGACACAUCCUCCCAAAGACCACAAGCACUGAUCCUGCGGCGCCGAUUGUUUCGGACGACCAGGAUCCAGUUGUGCAGAAAUACUUCCAAGACUUGAGCAUCACACCUACAUAUUUACGGGCACGACAUGAGCAAAAUCACUUCUCACCCACCGAUUCACGAUCGCUCGAAUUUCUAUAUUGCGCUCCGCUGCUGCUGAGCCCAUCCGCCAUAGCCGUGCCUGUGACGGUAUGAGCGGUGUGGGACAGCAUGAGAGCAAGAUGGAGAAUGCGGUCAGACGCAAACACUGAGUUCGGAACCGAUGACACCAAUUACUUGAACAACGGCGUAUCGGCUGGGAUAGGGCAAACGAAUGACGUCUCACGACGGGAGUUAACUAGGUUGAUUCACAACGCGGCGCGUCUGGAGGG